CUUUCUUUGCAGAGUCGCUCAAGAUGACGUCAUCAUCAUGCGUCGCUCCUUGAACACUAUGCAUUUAUCUUUAAAACUCUUUAAAACAGGAAUCAAAAAAGAAGCUGGAACUAUAUGAUCAUGAGAGCUGGUCAGAACCAACCGGCAGCAGCCAGGGAAGAGCAGCAGAAGUCUGAGAUCCCGUUCAAUUUUACUUCGCAGAUCGUUCACUUGCACAAGGACCAUUCGCUGUUUGAGGUUGGAGAUGUCAACAGACAUUUGUAUUUGCAAGACCUGUACGUUUGUGAGACGGAUGCUCCUAAUCCUGCAGUCAGUGUAUCCCAGUUCGCCUGCCACAUCUCUGGCUGCAGCGCAGUCUUUAUAGCCCUAGAGGAGUACGAGCACCACUACAACUCCCUGCACAGACAUGUGUGUUGCUCCUGUCGUCGCUCUCUGCCCAGUGCUCGGCUCCUGGACAUUCACAUCCAAGAGUGGCACGACUCUCUCUUUACUAUCCUUGCCCAGAGGCAGGACAUGUACCAGUGUUUGGUGGAGGGCUGUGGAGAAAAGUUCAGGACUAGCCAACACAGGAAGGACCAUCUUGUGAAAAUUCACAAGUACCCUCCAGACUUCAGAUUUGACAAACCCAAGAAGGACAAAAGAGCGAAGGAGACGACGAGACUGCAGCAGAAAGACACCGAGAUGGAGGUGACGGAGGAAGUGUGUGACUCUGAGGGUGUGUGUGAGGUUUUGUGUGACGUCUUGUGUCACCAUCCGGAGUCUGGAGAAUCCAUGGAGAUGCACGUGUCUGAGAAAGAAGCCAAUGGGAUGACGAACCACGCGUCGGGCACCGAGCAGAGCAGUGAGCCACCAAGACCUGAGUACUUUAACAGAGUUCCCAGGACUGUCUGCUUUGGUCACGGAUCGGUCCGAGGCUUCAGAGGACGGCGGGGACGAAGGAAAUGAAAGAAAAACCUCCACUCGACGCUCUGAACAAAAAAGGUUAAUUUCCUAUACAUUUUUUUUACUGUUUUUAACCUACACAAAAUACAUUCGCUUUGAUUAAAAAAAACGUGUAUGUUGAUCAAAUAUUUCAAGUUUAAGAUUGACAUGACCCUAAAGGCAACAUUUUUUCCGUUUUAUUAAUUGUAAAUUGUAAAAUACAUUUUACAUAUAAAAUACGCUGUACAGAUUA